CCCAAAAUAUUCAUAUUUCCGAACACCUCGUCGAACGAGCUCAGGACCUCCCGCGCUUUUUCCCUCUCUGAGAAAUGUCUGCGGGCGAACACACAACUGUAGCUGCAAACACGAACACAAAUCGAGACGAUCAGUCGCUGAAACUUGCCCUAGCAAUCUCUCUUCUACGAUCGAAGCUCAUUCAAAACAGGCCUCCUCCGGCCGAUCGGAAUGAGUCUGAUACUUUGCGAUGGAAGCGAAAGGCUAAGGAGCGAAAGCAAGAGCUUCUGCGACUCAGAGAAGAUCUCAAGGAAGCUGAAGAUGCUUCACAGUGCGAUUUGUUUCCGAAAAGUGCAUCUUGCAAGUGCUAUUUCUUUGAUAAUUUGGGGAAAUUAAGCCCUCCGGGACUUGAAGAUGGCUCUGAUCGCAGAUUCAACGACGUUCUUCGCCGGCGAUUUCUCAGACAUGUGCGCUUCAAGGAAAGGAGGAGAGAAGCAGGUGUGUCAAUCCAGCGACGGAAAUUUUCAGUCUUGAAUCCUGAAGAUGAAGAAACCGAGCAACUCAGGGCCUCAGUUGACUUUCUGGUGGAGCUUUGCGACACUGUUUCUCCUGUGGGAGAGGCUAAUUUUGCUAACUGGGCACACCAAGCUGUAGAAUUUAUUUUAGCUUCAUUGAAGAAUCUAUUACCAAGGGGAAAAGACACGAAACUCAUUGAAGGAAUUGUCAACAGCUUAAUUAUGCGUCUUGUUAGAAGGAUGUGUUCUCCAUCGAAAGUAUUUGAGUCGCUUCAUACUGGCUUGGAUGCCCAGUUCUAUGUUCAGCAUCUGAUCCGUAAGCUUGGAAGUGAAGCCUACGUUGGACAACGUGCAAUUCUUUCAGUUUCUCAAAGAAUAUCUGUGCUAGCUGAAAGUUUUCUUUUCUUAGAUCCAUUUGAUAAUUCUUUUCCCGGCAUGCAUGACUGUAUGUUCACCCUGAUCCAGCUUAUUGAGUUCCUGAUAUCAGACUACUUGUUAGUUUGGUCGAGUGCUGAAGGCUUUGACAAGAACAACAGCAAAAUGAUGGAAUGUGAUGACAAUGCAGUGCUGUUUGAAGAGUGGGCGGCAUAUAUUCUCCAUGCACAGAAAGCAGUAGAACUUCUGGAAAGCAGAAAUGGGCUUUAUGUGCUUUACAUGGAUCGAGUCACAGGUGAAUUGGCUAAACAAGUGGGUCAGUCUUCAUCACUCCAGAAGCUCAAACCGGAGAUUCUUGAUAACCUAUUCCACUAACUGCAUUGUCGCAUACAGCUUCUGAGAAAUGAAAAAACGCGAAUUUUCUGACUUAACUGAAUUGUAAGAGGUGGAUUUGGCUAACCUGAUUCAAUGAAAGAGAAUGCUAAGAUUCAAAAACGAAAACCAAGGUUUAUAUGAGAGGUUUGUCAACCCAAACAUAGUAGGUGAGCAGAGAAGAUAUGGGGCAGAUCAAGAAGCUCAUCCUUCAAAGAUUUCCCGAAAGGGGGGAAAGUCAGUUUAUGGAGGUGCCAAUGACAUUAAGCGCCCUCGUCCUGCUCAUGAUGGAGCACACUCCUUUUUUAUUAAACCGAGUUCGGGGUUUCUGGUGUUGCUGGGGCAUGUUGUGCUUCCCCUUCUCAAUCUUGUUAUCUUCUUUUGAAUGGUGAUAUGAUUUUAUAAGACAGAUACUAGAUCAUCUUUUAACUUCUAGUUUGUGCUCUAUUUUCUGAUAAAUGUUUAGGACUAAACUUUAUGAUUCAUAUUACUAGUUGUAUAAGACAUC